GCACAGGUUUUCUACAACUCAAAGCACAUAAGCAUCCCAGCCUAAUGCUGGAGAUUGAGUUCUGCUGUGUAUGAGAUAGGCUCUUUACUCUCAGUGUUCAUUGCCCAAUUCAAGAUUCAGGGUGGCUUUUAUUUCUUCAUUUUGCUGUCUGCUGUGUCAAAAAGGGUUGCAUGCAUGACAGUCCGAAAAGGAGAAAAAAUGGCCAUAAGUAUUCAAGAGCAUAUGGCUAUUGAUGUCUGCCCAGGUCCUAUUAAACCUAUUAAACAAAUCUCUGAUUACUUCCCCCGUUUUCCUCGUGGUCUUCCAGCAGCUGUGAGCCGCAACUCUGUGCAUUCCACUGUCAGCCAGCCCUCUGUCACCCAGUCAGAGGCUACAGAGGAGGACGAUGUGGACAAAUUAUUUGGGGCAUAUGGAGCUGCAUCUGCUGCACCUACCAAACAUGAGGAGGACACCGAGGCUGAAGGCUAUGAAUCCGAUGACUCCACCACCCUGGGUACAUUAGAUUUCAGUUUGCUGUACGACCAAGAAAACAAUGCUCUCCACUGCUCAAUAAAUAAAGCAAAGGGCCUUAAGCCAAUGGACCACAACGGACUUGCUGAUCCAUAUGUCAAAUUACAUUUACUCCCUGGAGCCAGUAAGGCCAACAAACUAAGGACAAAAACUUUACGGAAUACGUUGAAUCCAAUCUGGAACGAGACUCUCACUUACUAUGGGAUUACUGAUGAAGACAUGGUACGGAAGACAUUAAGAAUUUCGGUAUGCGAUGAAGAUAAAUUCCGUCAUAAUGAGUUCAUUGGCGAAACAAGAAUUCCACUGAAAAGAUUAAAGCCAAAUCAAACGAAGACCUUCAACAUUUGCCUGGAGAAACAGCUGCCAAUAGACAAAACAGAGGACAAAUCACUGGAAGAGCGUGGUCGGAUUCUCAUCUCUUUAAAGUACAGCUCACAGAAAACUGGGCUUGUCGUUGGAAUUGCAAGAUGUGCACAUUUAGCAGCGAUGGAUGCAAACGGCUACUCAGAUCCUUACGUAAAAAUCUAUUUGAAGCCAGAUGUGGACAAGAAAUCAAAACAUAAGACAGCUGUGAAAAAGAAAACACUUAAUCCAGAAUUUAAUGAGGAAUUUUGCUAUGAAAUCAAGCAAGCAGAUUUGGCAAAAAAGACUCUGGAAGUAACGGUUUGGGAUUAUGAUAUUGGAAAAUCAAAUGACUUCAUUGGUGGGGUGACGCUUGGAAUUAAUGCAAAAGGUGAACGUUUAAAACAUUGGUUUGACUGUCUGAAGAGCAAGGACAAGAAAAUAGAGCGCUGGCACACAUUGACCAAUGAACUCCCAGGAUCUAUUCUCAGUGAUUGAUGCCACGUGUCCAUUGAGAAUCUUGCUUUGCAAGUCAGCACGCAACAAGUGAGGUUCUCUGAGAACACGCAUAAAGAACUGUCACAGAUAGGUUGGGCCUCUUGCACUUUUUGUUUCAGAACCAACGCUCUCUAGACCUCUUCACAGAUACCUAACUUUGCCUGGUAAUCUUGUGGCUUAUAUAAUGGCUUCUGUAAAUGUUUACAUGCAUUUGUGUAUCUGAGCACUUGGGAUAAAUAUCAGAGCUGUACCUUUGGAUGACUUUUUAUAAUUGGUGUAACAACAAGAAUUAUCCAUUUUUGAUGAUUGAUACUUUUAGUGACCCAGGCCAAGCAGAUUAUUGACUGUUUUGGGGUGUUUAAUUUUUAUUGCUACAAAAGUAAAAAAGGUCUCUGAAGUAUUUAGUUAUAUCUCUGCUCUCUAUUGCAGAAGUGACCCUAUUCCAAAAUAAGUUGAACAAAGGAAUGGGACCUGUUCUGUGUUUAGUAUUAUUUUGGAGAAAUAAAUUACUUUUGAUACAGAUCUGGAGUACUAUGGACAUAGUAGUGGCGAAUUUUUCACAGGCUUUGAUUACUUUAUUUGAAGUUUUAUUCUUUAUUUAAUGUGUUUUCAGAGAAGCCCGUCAAUAUUCCAGAAAUGAAUUGACAAGGUUAAAGCAAAGCUAAAGGUAGCACACACAAAAUAAUUGCUACGUGGUUCACAUUUUAAUUAUCUUCCUUUUAUCACGACAAUACAUACUGUUUCUCUUUUUAAAGACCUAGAUUAAAAAUUAAGCUGUGGGAGUGACAAAUACUGUAAUAUUCCUCAAUUCAGAUUUUCACUAUUAAUGGGUCACUUUCAUGAAUCUUUAAUGAAUCAAUGUAAAUCCACAAGACAGCUUUCAAUUAGUAUUUGUUGUAUCUCAAGUCCUUAGUUGAAUAUGUGGAAUCAAAAAAAUGUCAGGGGGUAGAAAAGUAAUUAAUAGCCCAUCAUUUGAAAUAUAACAGUUCACAUUUGCAGGACAAGGGUAAAAGGAGUGAGAUGUAUGAGAUAGUUCUGUCCAAGAACUAGAACAGGCACAAAUUACAGCCUACCUAGUCAUGUAGAAACAAUUUAUUUUCUAGUAAAAAUUUUAGACACUUCCAACAAAAAAUUGAUCUCAAUGUAUUUUCUGACAUUUUGGCACUGUGCUCUGUUCCGUCUUCCAAGCCCAAAAUAAUUACAAAUAAGGAUAACCAUUAAUUUAGUAAGAAAAUCAAAGUAGUUUUAAGCAUUUUACAGCAAAAAGUAACUAACCCAGGUCCCUCAUAUCCAUUCAUGAACUGAAAAAAAUUACAAAUGUUCUAUAUUCCUCAGACACUAACACAUCUAUCCCUGCCCAUGACCACCCAACAUCAGGCACAGGAUUGUGACAAUUACAUCAAUUAUGCACGUGCUAAUUUAAUCAUUUGGAAUAAAAAAGCGUUUUAUUUUUACCAACUACAGAAGGUAAAAUCAUGUAUUGAUAUAAUUAAAACAAACCUUAUAACUGAACUCUAAUACCGAGUCACUCCCAAAAGUGAAGCUGCCAUUUUCUUCUUUUAGAACCUAAUUGAACUGCUGUAUCUUUCAAACAAUUUUUGAUAUUUUGCCCAUAGAAGCUUCAAUUCCCAGAGAAAAAUAUGUAAGUACCUGAAAGCCCACAAGAUUACUACCUUGGUUCGAGCAUCCUUGAAAUCAUGUAUUUUUGUGAUCUAAUGAAAGAGGGAGAAAAAGAGCUGCCAAAACAGAAUUAUAGAAUUAUUACAAUGCAGAAACAGGUCUCACCUCGUCAAAAAAUAGAAUGCUGUAGAUUUCAAAAAUCUGGAAUAAAAGCAGAAAAUACUGGAACUACUCAGCAGCUUUAAUAAUGUGGAAAAGACAAAAACUUAUUGUUCUUAAUCAAUGACCAUUCAUCAGCAGUGGGAAAAGUUAGAAAUGUAAUAGACUUGAAGCAAAGGUAGGUGAAUCAAGGACAAUAGGAAGGUUUUUAUUGGGAUGAAAGACAGGAGAGAGAUUGAAUGACAGAAGAAUUGGUCUAUCUGGAUCAAGGGGAAUGAAGAUCAACCAAGAAAAGAAACAAAAACAUGAACAAUACACUGGGAGCAGGUGUGCUGAUGUGUGCAAGCACAACAUGGGAGUAAAACCAAUGAACGUAUUGUUGAAUUGGGAAGGCUGAAAAUUGCUUCUUCGAAAGGUAAGGUAUCAUUCCUCAAACUCAUAUUGAGCUUCAUUGAAAAAGUGCAGCAGACUAGGGGCAGAGAGCAAGAUGGGGAAUUAAAAUGACAGGCCACAGGAAGGGUCAUGCUUGUGGGCUGAGAAGAGAUGUUUGGUUUCCAAAAUAUUGGGGAUCCUGCAAGGGCGAACUGCAAACACGGUGAACUGGACUGAAAGAAAUUCAUGUAAAGCACUGCUUCACAUGGAAAGAAUGUUUGGAGUCUUGGAUAGUGAGGAAAGGAUAGGUAUUAGGAAAUAGGUGAUAGGAAAGGAAAGGGUACAUAGGUAAAGGAUAGGUGUUACAUUGGGGUGGAAAGCUUCUAAAGGAAAGGGAUAGAGUAUUGCAUUGAUUGACGAAUGGAGCAGGCUAUCACAAAUGGAAUGACACCUUGUGAAGAUGACACAUACAUGGCUUUUAAUUGUCAUCACUCCUUUGGAAUUUCUCAUUCCCACUGUUAGCAGGAUCUCUAACCCAGCAAACAAUGCACCAAGACCACUGUAUGCAAAUUAGCAUACCAAGAAAAUGAAUAACUGUUAUUAAUGAUUUAUAAUUAGCAAAAAAUACUGAGUAGUGUAUGAUUUGUACUAGUUAUUGACAAUUAUUCAGCAAUACCACCAUGAAAAUAAGCUCCAUUUCUUUUGUAAUGGAUAAUUUAAAAAAUGAUCUUGCAGGAAUGCAUGGAAAACUGCAUUAAAAAAAUCUAGUAAUCAGAUGUAAUCUCAGGAAAGAAAAAACAAGCAAUGUAACUACAUUACAGUGACUUUGAAUAUAUUGGUUCAGCCCCAAUCAAAAGAUUCCACCUCAAGAUUUAAAAUAUUACUGGCACACUGAUCUUCAUUAAUGAAAAAGGAUGGGGGAGUAGGAAAAAGAAUUUAAGAAUUCUUCUAAAUACUGGAAUACUACAGAUGAAGUUUUCAAUAAAUCCAAUUGUCACUACAGUUUCAGGCUAAUAAAUAAAGUACACAUAUUCUUGUAAAACCAUCUUUAAAUCAGUUUGUAGAAGGAAAAUGAACCAAUUCAAUUUAAUCAUUCAUUGCUUUCUUCCGUGUAGACUGCUUGUAUCAAAAACACAUUACUGUUUUUUAAUGCUACAGAAAAUUCAUGGCAUUGACCAGUUAAUGGGCCACAUUUGUGCCUCUUUCAUUCCCUUAAGUAAAACACACUAGAUCUACCUGCAGGGUUCUGGGUCCUGGUUCUUUUGUGAUAGUAAUUGACCGUGGAAAUGUAGCAGUUUGCCUGAUUCUACUGCGAAAAUACUAGGACCAUAUCAAAUUAUUGGUCAGAAGGAAUGGUAAUCAGUUACAUCGAAUUUAAUUUCAGGAGAUUUCACUUGAGUGCAUUGUUGUUUGUGCAGCAUUAAUAAUUAUAGCACUCUGUGUCAAAAUGUAUGGCUGUUUAAAAGUGCUAUGAUACAUACUGCUCAGUACUUUAAGCUAACUCUAUGUAUACAAGAUAAAACAUUACAGAGUUUGACAUUUUUGACAUCUCAUUGAAAAUCACAUCACAAAACCUUGAGUGUCAAAAAUGAUAUUUAAAUAUUUGGAUUUUUAUAUACAACUUACUUGCGUAAUUAAUAACAACAAAACCAUGUUGAAUGUGCAAAACCCACUUUGAUGAUGAAUUCUUUAUGCUUUUUAAGAAUCUGAAUUUUGUAUGGAUUUCAAUUAUUGUGCAUGAAGCUUGACUGGCUGCUAUUAUUGUACUAACUUGAAAUGCAACAAGCAACAAACAUUCCAAUUUGAAAAAUUUUGUGGAUUUUAAAACCAAUAACAUGUUUAGAGUAACGUUUGCAACAUUACAGUCUGCAUGAAGUGUUAAUUUCCUUAUGCCCUUAAAAUGAUUGGCAGUUGAUCAUAUAUUUUCUGUAAAUGAGCCUUGCACUACAGGUUAUUGUUCUAUGAUGCACAUUAUCUACUUUGUUCAUAAUCAACCAGCCUUCCUUAAAGCGGAAGAGAUACAUAUUAUGCCAAAGGUUCAUUUUAACUUCCUCUAUUAUCUGUGACAUAAAGUUCCUUGAUUGUGUGCAGUUAUUCAGUUUAACCUUGUGUGGAACAAGUGACCAUGUAAUGGAGCAAAAAAGGACAAAGACUUGCAUUUACUCUCUAUUGCCCAACUCUGUUAUAACUCUUUAAAGAAUCUUAAACAUAAUUCCUGAAUGUUAAUUUUAUUUAAAAUGCCUAAUCAAUAAAGAACACAGCUAUAUUUUCUCCUUUUUUUUGCAUUCUGUGCUGUUCACAGCUGAGUAGGAUUAUAAGAUACCAAAACUGAACAGGAUUUAUUGUACUUUGUAACCACACGUUACAAGCACAAACCCUAAUAGAAUGAAGGGCGUGUUGGCAGGUAAUCACAGUUGUCAAUACAGGUUAACUUUUUGCAGCAGAAUUCAAGGGUUGAUCUGAAUUAAAUAGAUAUUUUCAGAACUGUUUAGAGAAAAACAUAUUCAUCUAUUUACAAAAAAGACACAUCAAAUAGACCAAAGAAUACAACAAAAGACUUUUUGUGUUUGUUAAAGUUAGAUUCAGUUUUGAAAGAAGUUUUUGUUUUUAUUUCCACCUUUGAAAUGGUCUCAAUUACUUUGAAUUGACAACAUCAAUAAUUUAUAUUUGUGAAGUAAUAUUAAUGUAAUAAAACAUUCCAAGGCACUUCUCUUUUUUAAAAAAAUUAGGGUUACAAACAAAAACAUUUGUGUCUAAAGAUCCAGUUUACUUUGAGAAUUUAAGGUGAAAACCUGCCAUGAUUUGACAGUAUCAUUUAAGUGCUGAAAUUAAAUACCAGUACACUACAAAAUACACAAACAGUGGUCUUGUGUUCCACUCAUGGCAAAAUCUCUGACUAGAAAUUGAUCAGUUGAUUAAAAGUACAAAAUAUCAAUUUGAAUUUUUUACUUUUUUCUCUUUCUAGUUUACCAGAUUUUUCAUGUAACUGUAUGGAAUGCAUGCAGAUAAAUAUCGUGAAUCACCUUUACAAUGGAUGUUUCUAAUCAUGUUUUACUACAAUGUGGGGAAUGCAACGUCAACUUUGAAAGUAUCUUUUAUUGCUUCUCACAAUAACUGACUUUUGUAUCUCAGCCUGUCUAUAAAAAUUAAACUGUGAUAUUUGAACA